AUGCUGUUGCUUGCCUUCCCAUGCUCCGAGGGCUCGUCCUGCUGUCUUGGGAGCGGAGAUUGGCCGCUGGACCCGCACGAGAUACUCCUGCAUCCGCAAGAUCUGGAGCACCUACGGGUGCCGGGCUUCGGCUACGUUGCGGUCAACCGCAACAACGGCAGCGUCGACGCCAACAGCAGUAGGAGCAAAGGUGGCUGCCACCGUCGUUCAGCAGCACAAGUAGAACACAGCAAUGCUGCAGCACAGGAGGAGGAGGAGGAGGAACGCCAGAAGCCACUCGCCUAUUGCAGAGCGGUUCCAGACGACUCUCUGGCUCCGGGCGAGACUCGAGCUCCCGCGUGGCUCCUGAGUGCCGCGGGAGUACAGCCCCGGCAGCACCUAUCGAUUUCUCGCCCCUCCGAGGUUCAAGAGGCUGAGAAGUUAGCCGCGCCCUUGCGAGGGGAUGACCAAGAACAGCACCAUCUGCUCCGUGUCCGUGUUGAUGUGGCCCUCAAGCACCGACAAGGGGAAGCGGACGCCUCGGCAGGGGACUGCCCAUCUCCUGCCGGCAACGGGGACUUUUCGCAAAACGUCCACAGCGGUGGUUAUGUUAGCAAGUGCGACAGCCGCGCUAUCGCGAGACGCGUUUCUGGGUGCAUGGUGCGCGACGGGUCGCUUCUGGCUGCCGAGGUUCUGGGCGAGACGGUCCUUCUGCAGGUCACGGCCAUCUCUUGUGGCAACGACGACGGCGGUGAUGCAUCCCCCGUCAAGCGGCCUUUGAUAAUCAACUCGGGCACUGAGGUUGCGUUGAUGAGACCACAAGAACCGGAGAGAUCUCGGAGUCCACCCGUUUCGUGGGACGGGCAGCCGGUUUCACCCGGAGGGGAGCAAAGCCGCCGCCGCCGCCGCCCAAGGCGCCGACCCCAACUGCAAGCUACCAAGGGCUGCGCGGAAACCUGGGCUCGGCAGGCACCAGGCUUGGAGGCUGCUCUGAGCGAGCUCCGUGCCCUUGUCCUCCUGUCUGUCGGCGGCAACAGCGGCGGUGCCUGGUCAGGCGUCCUACCCGCGGGGGUCGCCCUUUGCGGCCCCUCCGGCGUCGGCAAGACUCUCUCGCUCGACCUUCUCGCCGAAGACCUCAGCGAAAACCACGGCAUCCACGUGAUUCGCCUCCUCGGGCCUCAGAUCCUGGCCGGCUCCGGCCAAGGCGGAGGAAGAGGCGGCGUUGGCGGCGGGACGAGAGCCUCGGCAGUGAGCUCGCCGUUGCAAGGGCCGCUCGGCCUGGCCCUCUCCGAGGCCCGCGCCCGCGCUCCGUCCGUCCUCGUCUUCGACGAACUCGACGCUCUGUUCGAUGCUUGCGGCGGCGACGAGGGCGGAGACACCGCCCCCCUAGGUGAGGGGGCGAGGGCGAACGCGGCGCUGCUCGAGGCGCUGGACCGCGCCUCCGCGAUCGAGGGAGUGGCCGUGCUGGGUGCGACUCGCCGUUCGCCGGGCGGGAAGGGGGGCGCCGGGUGGGCGGGGCUGGAAGAGGGCGAAGGUGGAGGACGCGACGGUGCCGCCCUUCCCGCGGCGUUCCGGAAGCCCGGCCGAUUCGAUAGAUGCGUGACGAUCGGACCCCCUACGCAAGCUCAGCGCGAAAGGAUCCUUUCUAUGGUUCUGUCGACAGCGGCAGGGGCGGCGGAGUUGGAGCUUGAGCCGCUUGCAACAGCCCUUCAGGCGCGGCCUGUUGCUGGAAGUACGGCCGACGAGAUGUCAUCGGGAAAACCCGUCGUAAUUGCUUCAAGAGAUGCACCGGACCUGGAGCCGGAGCGAGAACCGACGACAAUCUUUGCCGAUAAGGACGACGCUCGAGGCGGGCGAGGAGGGGGUCGAGGUCCUUCAGGCGGAGCAGAAAGAAAGACGGAAGACAGCAACAGCGAGUCAACGGAGGCGGGCGCAGCGGCGGCUGCCAUUGCGGCAGAGUGGGCCAAGCGCCUGAGCUCGCUGACCCCUGGCAUGGUCGGGGGCGACCUGGAGCGUCUCGUUCGCACGGCGCGGGCACGCUCCUUGCAGCGCGGGCGGGACCCGGCGGGACAACAAACAACACAGCCCUCGCCCCCCAGGGUUUUGAUGUGGGGAGACGCGAUGGCAGCGGUUGCCAUCACCGUACCUCGGUCACUGCAGGGAUUAGACGUGGCAUCGACCGGCAGCGGCGGUGAAGGUGGCGGCGGCGGCGGCAGCGGCCCAACGUGGAGCUCUGUCGGCGGUUUCUCGGAAGCGAAGCGUCGCCUGCAGCGGCUGGUUCAGUGGCCGUGGCUUCACCCCGAAGCGUUCGCACGAAUGGGGGUGUCCGCGCCCGCCGGGGCGCUGCUGUAUGGGCCGAGCGGGUGCGGCAAGAGCCUCGUGGCGCAGGUGUUGGCGACGGAGUGCCUGGCGAAUUUUUUGUGGGUCAGGUCGUCGGAGCUGCUCUCUAGGUACUUGGGCGAGACCGAGGCCAAGCUGAGAGCCCUGUUCUCGAGGGCCCGCGCCGCGGCGCCCUGCAUCCUGUUCCUCGACGAGCUAGACGCGAUCACGGCGAAGCGCGGCGACGGUGGCGGCGGCGACGAGGGCGAGGGGGGUGGAGGGGCGGGGAGCGUUCACGCGCGCGUUCUCAGCACGCUGCUCAACGAGAUGGACGGAGUCGCGUGCGGUGAAGGUGGCGGCACGUCGGCUUCGUGGCCGUCGCCGACGGGAGGCGGGGGGGUUCUCGUCCUCGCGGCGACAAACCGCCGGGGCGCCCUCGACGCCGCGCUGCUCAGACCGGGGCGGCUGCACGAGAGCGUGGAGCUGGGCUUCCCUGGGAAGGAGGACAGGGAGGGGGUGCUAAGGGUUCACGCGGGCCGCUUGCCCCGCGGGGCGGCUGGGAUAGACCUGGCGCGGCUUAGCCAGGACGACGUGUCGGGGGGGCUCACCUGUGCCGAUCUCGAGGCAGCCUGUCGGGAUGCGGCGAUGAUGGCAGUGAGAGAGGAUCUACACGGCGCGAGAGAGGUGCGCCCCGAACACCUCCGCAAGGCCUUGAAGGAUCGGGUCGCCGGACGCCUCAGAACCCGAAGGUUCACCUUCUCCAUCGGACAGAAUCCCUAGAGGGUGGCCUACAUAGUGCAAGAGGUUUUGGUGUAAUUGAGGGCUGCGCUGAGCCUUCUGAGAGCCUUGCGCACAGCGAAGGAGCUGAGAUGAUUUUUCCUAUAUUUCUUUGUCUAAUACCUGGUAUGUACCUCUAGCGCCUCCUUCACACGUCCGCUUUAGCGAGGAUGCACGGCUCUUCUCCGCAGCGUGAACGUACCACACUUUGUUUUUUCCUGAGUAUUGCCGCGAAUAUCCGAUAAAUCGGUGUAUCGUGUACUCUGUGGACACCGGCUGGUGCAUAGUUUUCGCGGCAAGGCAUGAACAUUCUCGGGCUUGGACAACCUCGCCUGCAAUCAAGCAGCGAGGCGUGCGUAAUGGUGGAGUUGGGUCGGCACUGGUGCGUCAGGUAUGCAGAUGCGCGGGCCUCUAGGCCGUCGGUGUAGGCAGCAAUGCCUAUCUCACCUUUGUGCGCGGAGGCAGACGUCGUCAGAAAGGUGGACGGGCACUAUGCACACGGCCCUAGGUUUGCUAGAGGGAGCUAUACUGUCUCAGUAACCUGGUUUUGCCAUCAAAGGAGGAGGGGACAGGUGGUGACGAGCUGAUUGGGCUGGUUGACCCUUCGGCGCGAGAAUUUUCAGACCAAGAACCCUAAGUGCAACGAAUGAGAAAGCGAGGAACCGACUGGGGAGGACAG